CUCUUCAAUUUUGAGCUAAAUCAAAUUAAGUCCUUUCAUUUCCUAUUGCCUUCCUCUUCCAUGGUUGAGAGAUGGGAAAGCUAAGUCAUGAUCUACACAUCCAGCACUUUAGCCAUCCCCACCUGCUAGAGCUAACCAACCCUCUGACUCUUAACAUCACUCCCUGUUCAGGCUGCAAGCUUCAAUCUUCCGGAUGGAUGUACACUUGCAAGCCCUGUAACUUCACCCUGCAUACAUCCUGCAGCCAACUGCCUCAACUGAUCACGCAUCCAGCCCACCCCGGCCACCCUCUGACUCUCCUCCCAACCCCUGCCUACCCCGUCGGCUGUUUCAACUGCGAUGCCUGUGGUCAACAAGGCAAUGGCUUCAGCUACCACUGCUACCAGUGUAAUUUCGAUAUCCACUCCGUUUGUGCUUCCAAGCCGCUCUCUAUACUCCACCAAUCUCAUCCUUGCCAGCUUCAACUCUUCUUUUACCCUCCUUACCAAACCAAAGGCUUUUCCUGUGAUGUCUGCCAUCAGAUUGGGUCAAACUAUUGGCUCUAUCGCUGUAGCAUAUGCAAUUUUGAUGUCCAUUUGACUUGUGCAAGUACUGCAGCGUACACAAACACAACUAGACAAGCAACCAUCCAGGUUCAGCCACGGAAUUCGUAUCCAGGACGAAACAAUUUGCAGUAUGGGAAUGGACCUGUACAAAUGAAUAACCAAUGUUACAUGCAGACGUCGCAGAGUCAAAACAAUGGGACAGCCAUGUCAGGAAACGCUUUGAUGGAUGCGGCUGUUCAGGGCUUUGUAGAAGGAGCAGCUCAACAAGUUGGCCAGAAUUUCGUGCAAAGUUUGACGGGUGAUGAUUCUAAUAAUGGUAGCAACGGUGACAAUGGUAACAACAAUAAUUCUUCAUCAUCUAUUCUUGAUAUUGGGUCUUCUCUUUUGAGUGGCAUGUUGGGUACGUCCUGAAAUUGUUCAAAAUUUGGAUCAUCAAGAAAACAAGAUGGGCAACCAAAGUCAUCAGCUGGUGCAAUUGUUUUGUUGGAGUAAAUCAGGAGAAAAUAAUAGUUGUAUACGCUCUUGUUGUGCUAUAAGGCCAUGUCUUUAACGGGUUGAAGUCUUUCAUAAUGUGGAAUACAACUUGGUUUAUUGCAACUGUCAAUUGUUUUUUGGAUUCCUAAAUCAAACUUUGUGUAUCUGCUUGCCAAAGCCAGAAAAUCAACCUUUUGUGUAAUUUAUUCUUUUCCUUUUUAUA